AGCACUAGCAAAAUGAUUCCGCCCGUUCUUGCUAUUUUUUUUCACCGAGGCUAUCCAUUUACCCGCCCGCGUACCCACGCCAUCCACUCUCCGAUCUCUCGCGCAAUCACCGGCGAGCUGCGGGGAUCCGCACCAUCGCAGGCGCACGAUUUGCGGGCAAAUCGAGCCGCCGAAGACCCCCUUCCUCCUCCGCUCCCCCCUGGCCUACAGGCGGAGCGAACGCGCGGACCUUCAGAUGCGACGAGCUGCGACUCGCGGAUCGAUCCGGCGGUCGGCGGAGACCUCCCCCUCGCUUGAGCUCCGUUCGCCUCCUGCCUCCCCCGCCCGUGCCACCAACGCGGGGCCGUGCGUCCAUGCCUCCCCGCUCCGGCAUCCCCGCCGUGCCUCCCAGCCGACAUCCUCGCGGGCCCUUACAGCCGCCGGGCUCCCCUGCUCUCUGCUGCGCUCGCCGAUGCCUCCUCCAACUCCAACGUGCCGGCGCCCUCGAAGUGGACGGCGACACCCCCGAUCCGGCGCCUCCAUGACGAUCCGCUCCGAUCCGUGCCCGCCCCGCCCCGCCCCGCCCCGCCCCACGCAGGCAGCACCACCUCCCUCCUCGCGGCAGCCGCCGCGGCUCCUGCCCGCUCCAUCGCCGGCGGCAACCAGGGCGCCGGUCGGACGAGCUCUCGCGACCUGCGCCCCCGCCCAUCCAUCUCCGGCGGCCUGCAGCGACAACACCCGACGCCAGACGAGGUCGUUUCAAUGCCGGACUAGGACGUCCCCCGAGGCCCCACCCGCUGACAGACGCCGCCGCUGCACCAGCGCCCGAUUCUCCCAAAACCCUAAGCCAUGAGGCCGGGAUGGAGGGGGAGAUAGGAGGCGCGCGGCAUGGUGGGUGCGAUGUCCCCGGCGGCGUCAGCGAAUCUGGCUGCCUCAUGUGGCUGACCGUCAAUGCACGCCGCAACCUCGAGGUUGCGCCGCCGGGCCCUUCUCCUCCACGAGCUCCUCACCGUCGGCCUCGGCUGUCAAGCAUGCCUCCUGCGCCACGCCCUCACUUCGUCGACUGCAAUGGGCAAAUGUGCUGAUGCACCCGAACAUCACCCACUUUAAGGAGAUGAGUGAAACAGAGGAGGACAGAGCAAUCGUCAGCAACUUUGUGCUCCAGGAAUUCUUCGGUUGCACAAACAGCUUCAUGCAGCCUAGAGGAUAUGGAGGCGCUGCUGCUGGAGGACCUGUGCUCCUCCACCAACAACAAUGGUUGCUUCAGCGAAAUGAGAAAUUAGGAUGACCUCAUUAUCUUUACACAGAGUGCUUUAUUCCUCUCUUUGUGCAACUCAAUAAAUGAACCUGAAUGUCUGUUCUUGCAGUUACUAGCCCCUGAUACCAGCUGAUUGGUCAGGCUAGCAGUUGAGAUCGGUCAAGAUGUUGGUGUGCUAAUGUCAACUGGGAAACUUGUACUCAUUUUCCUGCUUUUGUCUACUUAAUGAACCUUUUCAUUUUAAUUUCUGCAUUGGCAAUACAUUUUUUUUAUCUUUAUUCCAUGUUUAUAUUUGUUGUGGCUGGUCAAAUAUAAUUUUUUAUAUUAUCAAGAUUGUUAAAAUUUGUGCAUUUCAAAUUGUAUUAUGCUGCAAUUGGUAAUGCUCUGCAAUAACAAUGGCAAUAGGUAGCCUUUUUCUAUUCAAAUCCAGUAAACUGGUUGCCAUCCAAAUAUGCAUGGAAAUCACUUGGUAAUGGUCAUGGUGAUGGAUUCUUUGUUUGACCUUGUUGUUAUGCAUGCAGCACAUUUAUACUUUUGAUGUUCAUUGAUUUUUGGAAAGAAGGUUAGUACAAGGGAGCGAAAUUUAGUUCAGUGUGCUGCUUAGUUCUCAAGCUUGAGAAUCACUACCAUCAGAUAUCAACUGUGAUUAUGCUUAUAUAUGUAAGAACUGAGAAGUAAAUCUAAGUAAGUCCAUUGACUACGAACAUUAAACUAUGCAUGUUGGUGGACUGUAACAAAUCUGAAUGAUUCUAUAUAUUUUCCUUUAGCUUGUUGCUUUAUUUUCUUUGUAAUUAUGCUCAAGUAAACCAGCUCUACACUUUAUGAUAAAUAUCUACCAUUCUUGACAGACAAUGAUAGGUGUGAGGAGAUCUACAUGAUCUCUGAGCUAUUACCAUAGGGAGGCUAAUUUUCAUUCCCAAUCGAUAGAGGAGGCAAUCAUAUGCGUAAGUUGAAUUUUUAUUGUUCUUCAUGUUUUGAUUGCCUAAAGGUUGAACUAUUGAAAUAGAGUGUGGAAGUUAGGCUUGUGUGGGUUCCAUCGGAAUGGUUAUUCUGAAGAUAUGCAUGUGUGGGUUCACAGGUAGUACAAAAUUUAAAAAGAUAUGCCAAGUUUCAAAAAAUGCUUUUCCAUUGAGUUCCUAAGUUUUUGUGAGUAUAAGAUGAUUUUACAGUUUUUCAAGCAGAUUGCAGAAAUAUUUAUCUUCGCUUGGAAGCUUGGUUCUGGCAAUACUUCUUGGUUGGUGCAUUUGUCUUGUUUAUAUUAAGGCUUCUUAUUUAUUAUCGUUUUGUGCAGUUAAAUCAUAAAUAUGUAGGGUAUGAUUGGCCUUCUAUAUAUAAAGUUGGUUUGAUAUCUCUGCAAAUAACAUGUACAACCUCAAGAUUGUUGGUUGCAUAUGUUCAGAGAUGCAACUUCCAGUCUAAGAGAUAUUAGUAUUGCUUUUUCCAUAUGGAAAUUUGCUUUUACACCAGCGAUAUUUUUACUUGCAAUUUUACAGGAUCUGAUUGGGCUGGUCAGACAAAGCAAAAUGACUGCUUCCAUGGUCCACACUCCAUUAUGCUUGCAGAAUAGAAUUCAAUUAAGGGAAUUGAUAGCCUACUCUUGCUUUAUGAUCAUGAAUUUGUUUUCCUGAUAACAAGAAUCACCUCUUAUAUUGAACCAGUUCGUUGACAGUUAGCCUUUCAUGGGCAAUUGUCCAUAUGGAUUGACAAUGUUAACCCUCAUUUUUUGACCUUUUAAUGCCCUACUAUUAGCUCAAUGAUAAGGCAACAUUCCAAGCCAAUAAAGGAUGUACAGCCUGUUCGGCUGGCAAGGUUAGGCUGGGCUGGAGCUGCGGCAGAUCAGCCAGCCAAUCAGCCGUCGGUGAUCUAAGAGAGGGAUAGCACAUAGAGGUGACAGAGAGGGGCGAUUGCCGAACGGCUGGACGGCUGCCUGGGCUUAAGCUCAGCCAGAAUCACCCAUCUGAACAGGGCCGUAAAUGUUGAUGAUCAUAUUGGAGGCAAGAUCGUGAAUUGAAAUAGAGUAAAUAUAUGGCCGGCCCUUGAUGAAUAGAACAAAUCAGAAUUUUUUUUCUUACUACAAAGAGAAUGCUCUGGCCAUAUUAUGAAAUAUUUGUUCUUUGAUUGAUUACUGAUUACUCUUACAGUGAGGAUGAUCGAUGUCUAUGAAUACAUCAACAACUAUAAAUACAAAGAAUAUUACAUAUAGAGAUGUCUUGGAAUCGUAAGGAAUGUUUAUGCUACAGUUUUCAAUAAUCGUGAUGUGUAAUGACAUGCAUUUAUUUAGUCAUGUAGUUAUGUGUUAUCGUGGUCCUUCUAAUCAUAUAUUGUCGUGCAGGUCACGCGCUUGAAGAUUGAGAGUUCUUAUGGCCUAUUGGAAUAUUUUUAUAUGUUAGAAUUCAUAGUGAUUGAAUAUAUGUACGGUAUUUUGUAACAUUUUCAGAUGCUAGAAUUCAUAAUAGUUGAAUAUAUGUAUAACGUAUAAACAUACUUAGUGUGCCUUGAUUUAUGAAGUGACUGUUAUCAGAUUCUACAGUUCCGUAUGAGUCCCUGAAUUAGUUUCUAUUAGAUUAGAUUAGAUUAGAUUGGAUUGCUAUGAUAUUAAUAAACAAAUUUAGUUUUUAGUAAUCGUUCGAUGCAAUCCAGUUAUUUUUAAAAUAUUUUUUAAGCAUGUGUCUGUGGCACGUGCAAUUCCACUAGUAAAAAUAAAAAAGCUUUAAAAGGAAAAAAGAAUAAAGCAAGAAAACAAAAACGAAAAGACAGCAAUUUCCCAACCUCCCGCCGCGCCGCCGCUACAGCCCGAGCGACCGCGCCUCCAAAUCGAUAGGGUUUUUGCUCUCCCCCGUUAGCCCGCUGCCGCCGAUCGCAGCAAAAGUGAGGCUCCAGGCGGCGGGAAGCAGCAGGAGCAGCAGCACGCGGGAGAAAUGGCGCAGUCGCUGGAGCUGCUGCUGAUCCAGUUCCUGAUGCCGGACAACGACGCGCGUCGGCAGGCGGAGGAGCAGAUCCGGCGGCUGGCGCGCGACCCGCAGGUGGUCCCGGCGCUCGUCCACCACCUCCGCACGGCCAAGACGCCCAACGUCCGCCAGCUCGCCGCCGUGCUACUCCGCAAGAAGAUCACCUCCCACUGGCCCAAGCUUCCCCUGGACUCCAAGGCGUCCCUCAAGCAAGCCCUCAUCGACUCAAUCACGCUCGACCACAGUCAUCCUGUAAGGCGAGCUAGUGCAAAUGUUGUGAGCAUUAUAGCUAAGUAUGCUAUCCCUGCAGGAGAGUGGCCAGAGCUGUUACCUUUCCUUUUCCAAUGCAGCCAAAGUCCUCAGGAAGAUCAUAGAGAAGUGGCUUUGAUUCUUUUCAGCUCCCUUACUGAAACUAUCGGGGCUACGUUUCAGUCUCAUCUGAACAAUUUGCAACCUAUUUUGCUGAAAUGUCUGCAAGACGGGACUAGUUCUCGAGUCAGAAUUGCGGCCUUAAAGGCUGUUGGAUCUUUCAUAGAAUAUGUCAAUGAUGGAGGUGACAUUGUCAAAAUGUUUCGGGACUUUGUUCCCAGUAUCUUGAAUGUAUCAAGGCAAUGUCUUGCUAAUGGCGAGGAAGAUGUUGCUUCAAUUGCAUUUGAAAUUUUUGACGAACUAAUUGAAUCUCCAGUGCCACUUCUUGGUGACUCUGUAAGGAUAAUUGUGCAAUUCUCGCUGGAAGUUUCUGCAAACCAGGAUCUGGAAAUAAAUAUAAGGCAGCAGGCUAUCCAGAUAAUUUCAUGGCUUGCAAAGUUUAAAGCAUCUUUCUUGAAAAAGCACAAACUGGUUGUACCUAUCCUGCAAGUUAUGUGCCCUUUGCUUACGGAAACAGCUAAUGAAGAUGAAGACUCUGAUCUAGCAGCAGAUCGCUCUGCUGCUGAAGUCAUUGAUACGAUGGCUAUCAACUUACCAAGACACGUUCUUGCACCAGUUCUUGAGUUCGCUUCUGUGAGCUUUCAUCACAUUAAUCCUAAGUAUCGUGAGGCUGCUGUGACAUCACUGGGUGUUAUUGCAGAGGGUUGUUGCGAACAUUUGAAAGAUAAGUUGGAAGAUUGUCUGAAAAUUGUUUUGGAAGCAUUAAAGGAUCAAGAGCAAAUGGUUAGAGGCGCUGCGUCUUUUGCUCUUGGUCAGUUUGCUGAACACCUGCAACCAGAAAUUUUGUCUCAUUAUGCGAAUGUACUUCCAUGCAUCCUAAAUGCUCUUGAAGACCCAUCAGAUGAAGUUAAGGAGAAAUCAUAUUAUGCCCUUGCAGCAUUCUGUGAGGACAUGGGUGAAGAUAUCCUGCCAUAUAUAGACCCCUUGAUAUGCAAAUUGGUUAUGUCUUUGCAGAGCAGUCCGCGGAACUUGCAAGAGACAUGCAUGUCUGCAAUUGGCUCCGUGGCCGCUGCUGCAGAGCAGGCUUUUACCCCAUACGCAGAAAAGGUCCUUGAAAUGAUGAAAGGUUUCAUGGUGCUCACUAGUGACGAAGAUUUGUGUGCAAGAGCUAGGGCUACCGAGGUUGUUGGGAUAGUAGCCAUGGCAGUUGGCAGAGCAAGGGUUGAAGCGAUACUGCCCCCCUUUAUCGAGGCUGCUAUUGCCGGUUUUGGAUUGGAUUACAGUGAACUUAGAGAAUAUACUCAUGGUUUUUUUAGCAAUGUUGCUGAGAUCUUGGGUGAUAGUUUUACACAGUAUCUUCCUCAUGUUGUACCUCUCGUAUUUUCUUCCUGCAACUUGGAUGAUGGUUCUGCUGUGGAUAUUGACGAUGCUAAUGAUGAAAAUGGAUUUGGUGGUGUUUCCUCUGAUGAUGAUGAUGUUAAUGAUGAACCAAGAGUUAGAAAUAUCUGUGUGCGGACUGGGGUAUUAGACGAGAAAGCUGCUGCAACACAGGCUAUUGGUUUUUUUGCACUACACACGAAGAGUGCCUAUGCUCCGUAUCUGGAGGAGUCGCUGAAGAUUUUAAUCAGGCACAGUGGGUAUUUUCACGAAGAUCUGAGGCUCCAGGCAGUCAUUUCUUUAAAGCAUAUCCUAACUGCAGUUAGGGCAAUACCUGCUACACAUGCUGAUGUACAAGAGAAACAGAAGGAUGUCCUUGAUUCGGUUCUGAACAUCUGUAUUAAGACCAUGACAAAGGAUGAUGACAAAGAGGUAGUUGCACAAGCUUGCAUGAGUGUAGCAGACAUUGUGAAGGACUGUGGUUUUGCUGCAAUUGAACCUUACAUACUAAGGCUUGCUGAGGCGACACUGGUUCUUUUGCGUCAAGAAUCAAGUUGUCAGCAAGUAGAGUCAGAUGGUGAGGAUGAUGGCGACAUUGAUCAUGAUGAAAUCCUCAUGGAUGCUGUUUCAGAUCUAUUGCCAGCUUUUGCAAAAGUGAUGGGUUCUUAUUUUGAUCCUAUCUUUGCAAAAUUGUUUGAUCCAUUGAUGAAAUUUGCUAAAUCUCCCCAUCCUCCCCAAGAUAAGACUAUGGUUGUUGCAACCUUAGCUGAGGUCGCUCAGGAAAUGGGUGCUCCAAUUUCUGCUUAUGUUGAUAAGAUAAUGCCUUUGGUGUUGAAAGAGCUUGCAUCAUCUGAUGCUACUAAUAGGAGAAAUGCUGCUUUCUGUGUUGGUGAGAUUUGCAAGAAUGGGGGUGCUGCGACACUAAAGUACUAUGGGGAUAUACUUCGUUCUCUGCAUAAUCUGUUUAGUAACUCCGAAUCAGAUGAUGCAGUGAGAGAUAAUGCUGCUGGUGCUAUUGCUAGGAUGAUAAUGGUGCAGCCUCAGUCAAUUCCUCUCAACCAGGUUCUUCCGGUAUUUAUUAAAGCAUUGCCACUAAAAGAAGAUCAUGAAGAAUCAAUGCCUGUCUAUAGUUGCAUCUGCAGUUUAUUACUAUCAUCGCAUCCCCAGAUCCUUCCUCUUGUGCCUGAUGUGAUACAUGUAUUUGCCCAAGUGGUGGUAUCCCCAGACGAGAGCGAUGAAGUCAAAACAAAUAUUGGCAAGGCUGUAUCUCACUUGAUAUCUGUCUAUGGCCAGCAAAUGCAGCCUAUACUGAGUGCACUGCCACCAGCUCAUGCAAACGCAUUGGCAGCAUUUGCCAGUAGAAGAUGAUCACUGAGAAGCAGCAUUUCUUCAAUUCCUUGUUCUGUUGGAUUGUUUUGGUUGUCAAAUGAUUGCCAUUUUCUGAAGGCCAUCAUUCGUGGAUUCUGGUUAGAUGGAUCAAACCAGAUGGGAUGUCUGCAUCGGACAUGGGUGCGAGUAGAAUUCUUGUUUCCCUUUUUGGAGUCAGUGGUGCUCAUUGGACCUGUGUGUGCGGUCGAUGGUGCAAUCCUUGGCCAACAGCGCAUUUGCCCAGUCUGCCUGUAUUCAGGUUCCGGUUUUGGUUGUUUCUUAUGCUUGGUUUCAUAAUUCUUUUACCUGGCUGUGCGAUUCAUUGAUUACUGUUGUAUAUAGAACAGAGUAUUUUUGAAAGAGAAUAUGGCUGGAAAUUGUAGAUGCA